CCACUCAGUGCGCAAGAACGCGUCAAGAAAGAGUCAUCGAGGAGAGCCUCACGAAGCCGCGGGGGAUUACAGACACAUUGAUUUGAACUUUUAACUGAUUUUGCGCUUUUUUUCAAUCUGUAUAGUUUUUUUUAAAUAACCUUUAGUAGGCCCACACUAAAGGAUAUGAUGGUGGAAGUUUCAAAACGCGGCUCCAUCCUUCUUUGCUGCCUGUUGCUGCAACCGGUGCUCUCAGUGCAGAAUCAGUGUGACGUGGUGAAGGAGAUCAACAAGCAGAGGGACAUGUGCUUGGCGAGGAUCGAGAACAAAACCACAGGCUGCAGUGGGAUGUGGGAUAAGAUCACCUGUUGGCCCGGUGCAGAAGUUGGAGAGGUGGUCACCAUCCCCUGCCCCAAAUAUGUCUUCUACUUCUCUGCUACACGUAACCUGUCAAAGACUUGCACUGAGGAUGGCUGGACUCCAAUCAGUAUAGACUCCUACAUAUUAAACUGUGAAUACAAUCCCAACAACACCAUGGAGAAUACGGGAGAGUUCUUCAACGCUAUCAAAGUGGGUUACACCAUCGGUCACAGUGUGUCUCUCAUAUCUCUGAUGAUCGCCAUCAUCAUACUGUGUCUCUUUCGGAAGCUGCACUGCACAAGAAACUACAUCCACAUGAACCUCUUUGUGGCUUUUAUUUUGAAGGCCGUGGCCGUUUUCAUCAAAGAUGCCGUUUUAUUUGACGUCAGGGAGAGGGACGAUUGCCAGUCGACCGUGGGCUGCAAGGCCGUGGUGGUCUUCUUCCAGUACGGGAUCAUGGCCAGUUUCUUCUGGCUGCUGGUGGAGGGUUUCUAUCUCCACACUCUCUUAGCCGUUUCCUUCUUCUCUGAGAGGAAGUACUUCUGGUGGUACAUCCUGAUUGGUUGGGGGGCUCCAACCAUCUUUAUCUCAGCGUGGGUGAUUACGAAGGCUUAUUUAAAUUAUCCGGGCUGCUGGGAUAUAAUUAAUGACAGGCCUUGGUGGAUCAUCGAGACACCUAUUUUAGUAACAAUACUUGUGAACUUUUUUCUCUUCAUCCGUAUUAUCCGGAUAUUGCGACAGAAAAUGAAUUGCCCCGACAUCGGAAGAAAGGAAUCCAAUCAGUACUCGAGACUGGCUAAAUCCACACUGUUGUUGAUCCCUCUCUUUGGAAUAAACUACAUCAUUUUUGCCUUCAUCCCUGACCACAUCCACCCCCAAGUGAGGAUGGUGUUCGAUCUUAUUCUGGGGUCAUUUCAGGGUUUUGUUGUUGCUGUUUUGUACUGCUUUCUAAACGGAGAGGUACAGGCGGAGAUCAAGCGUAAGUGGCGCAGAUGGAUGCUGCAAAGGUUCCUGGGUGCUGGCACUAAGUAUCAGCAGCCCUCUAGUGGCAGCAACGGCAACAACUUCAGCACCCAGAUAACCAUGUUGACCAAAUGCAGCCCCGCAUCUCGACGGGCAUUGGAGUGUCAGGAGCACCUCUCUGCCAUCUGAAACCAUCUAACAAGUCGGCUUUUUGUUUUUCUCAUUUUUUUUACUCAAAGCAUGGCUCCAAAUGUGCUUCUACAAUGCAGGUAAAUCUGGUUACUGAAGGACAAUUUGACAUUUUAGUGCUGAAGCCGACAAGUGAUCAGUGAAAGGCACUGAAACCACUUUAACAGACAGGACCAGCUAAGUGAAUGGGUGUAAUAUUUAAGUUCACGUUAGCAGUGAAUGUCUUAAAAACACACAAACAUCACCAUUAUAAAACACUGUUCUCCUACUGUAUUAAACGUUUAGUGUUGAUACACAGGUAAACAGUUACAGCUUCUACGGCUUCAUCUGAUGUGGAGCUGCGGUGGACAAGAACGAGAGACGAGCUGUGUCCUAUAGGAAGAAGAUGUUUAUUAAAAGGGUGUGUUGCACCGGAGAACUCGGAGCACUUAACCUAAUGGCCUGUGUCGCUAAGAGGAGCAGUAGUAACAUAAUGAAUGACAUUGUCAUGUUUUCACUGAGGAGGAAUCUAUAGUAUAACCUGUGUAGUCGACGUUCCCCUCCUGUCUAAGACGGUUUUAUACGGAGCAAACACUCAGCUGAAUUACUGCCGGAUAACAUUCCAGAGGAAACAAAAAAGAAAAAGAUCCUGCUUUUGAAAUGUAUCUCAGAUUACAGAAGCUUUUAGUUUAGUCUGAGUGCACAGUGCCUCUGCAGAUGUUCAUUUUGACUGUUUCUGCAGCUAAUGGAGCAGAUGUUUUCAGUUAUUAGUCCACACUACACAACAUUGUCCAUUAACUUGUCAGCAGAGAUUACCUUCAAUUAACUGGAUUGCAUGCACGAUUCAUUUAAUUGAAUUGAUUGUUUUUUAUGUAGUCUAUCGUAUACUGUUCCAUAUGUACAGAUUAGAUAACUUUAUUAUUGUGCCACGCUGUUUUUUAGCCAUGUUAGUGGCAACGCUCCUAGACCACUUCAGUCAAGACGGAAAUAUCUCCAAAACUGUGAGAUGGAUCAGCAUCAGUUUCUUUGAGACAUUCAUGGUCCCCCAGAGGAAGAAUCUGAAUGACCCUUUGACUUUUCCUCUGGCUCUACCAGAAGGUCAGAUUUUCCUCUUUAAAUAUGUCGUAAUUUAUAAACUGAUUAGGACAUUUUUAUAUUUUGGAUUAUUCCC